UUCACAAGUCGGGAUUCUGGGGAAACGCAGAGAGAGAACAGAGAAGCGAGCACCAGAACCAGGAGAGCCGGAGAGGAGACGCGAGGGAAAGCGAGGAUGAGGAGGGGCGGUGGCGGCGGCGGCGGCGGCGGGAUGAUGGACGACGAAGGCCGGGUCGAGCACGCGCAGAUCCCCAACAGCUUCGGCCACGAGCUCCGCGCCUGCCUCCGCUGCCGCCUCGUCAAGACCUACGACCAGUUCAGGGAGAAUGGCUGCGAGAACUGCCCCUUCCUGGACAUGGACAAGGACCGUGACAACGUCGUAGGCUGCACCACCGCCAACUUCACUGGAAUAAUAUCGCUGAUGGAUCCCAAUAGGAGCUGGGCUGCUCGUUGGUUGAGAAUCGGGAGAUUCAUUCCCGGGUGCUAUACUCUGGCUGUUUCUGAGGAACUUCCGGAGGAGUAUCAAGGGAUGUGCCAAGACAAUGAUGUGCAGUAUCACCCUCCCAGGCGUGCGUGAACAAGCUCAAAUUGGCUCUAAGUUGUUCGCGUUGUCCUCAUCCUGAAGCAGUACUAUGUAGUUGGUCAUGUAAUGUCAGAAACUACCAGAAUUGAUGGGUCCUUAGUGAAUUGAUCGCGCAUGUUCAUGUUUCCCUCAUCCUGAAGUAGUACUAUAUAUAGUUGCUACUGUAAUGUCGGAAACUACCAGUAUUGAUGGGUCCUUAGUGAA